AUGAGUACCCAUCCAGAGUCAUCUGAUAGGCCCGCAACGAUAUCACCUACUGACUUGGCGAAUCUGGGGGAUCAGCUGAGUGAGGUUCUAAACCGAUUUAAUGAACUAAGGGUUGAAAUGAUGGCACAGCGGCGAGUGGUCGAUCAAUUGGUCACUGGUGGAGCUAGUGGUGAACAACAACAACAUGAAUCUUUGCCCCUUGGCCAAUCUGAGCCAAUAAUCCUACCUUAUACUCAAAUCACUGUCGCUUCACAAGUCAUAAACCCACCUGAAGAAGCCUUUACCUAUCCCACUCAUGGCCCACCACCCACUUAUGCACCUAACCUUCAAAUUAACCCUUCUCACGCCCAAAUUCCCCAAAAUUACCCACCAAUUACCAUGAACAUGCCAUUCGAACCUCAAGGACCGCACUACUACUCCACCGUUGAAACAUUCACCAUAAAUACUGCCGCUCAAAGGAAAGUCGAAGUUGGGGAGCCAUCCGUGCCGAUGGAUAAGAAUUUGCUAAAACGAUUGGAUCGCUUUGAGGAGUUCAUAAGAAAAAGCCAAGGUUUAAGCAAGCAAGGAGGUCUGGACUACAACGAGUUGUGCCUAUUCCCGGAUAUGCAGUUGCCAGUGGGUUUCAAAGCACCAAAGUUUAGCAAGUACGACGGAACUGGCAAUCCUAAGACUCACCUUCGGAUGUUUGCACACAAAUUAGGGAAGCCGAUAGAUGAUGAGAAUCUACCUGUGCGCCUGUUCCCUGAGAGCUUGGAAGGCGAUGCCUUGGAUUGGUAUUCCAAUUUAAAGUCAGAGGAUAUGAGAACUUGGUUGGACUUGUCCACAGCAUUCGUGAGGCAAUAUGAAUACAACUGUGAGUUGGCGCCAACAAGGACCACACUAGAGAGCACAAAAAGGAAACCAUCUGAAGACCAUAAGACAUACGCCAAGCGGUGGCGAAAAGUGGCAGCCAAGGUGGAACCUCCGAUGAGCGAGGAUGAAAUUAUCCAUACAUUUAUUAAAGCUCAUGACCCCCCGUACUUUGAGGAGAUUUUUCGCAUGAUCGGAUGCUCAUUUGCGGCCAUUGUUAACAAAUUGGAAGAGUUUGAUGAGUUUGUGAAGGCCGAAAAAAUUGUUAAUGUGUCGACAUUGAAGAUGCAACUGGAGGCUUUACAAGGCCAGAAUAAUGGUGGAAAGAAGUCCCAAUUUAAAGAAAAAGAAGGAGAAACUGUUUUUGUUUGGGAUCAGGGGCCCUCGACCAGAUCUAGAUCUUCAAACCAUCCCACUUAUUCAUCACCCAACCCAUAUUACCCAAACUCUCGUCCUGUCUAUCAUACUCGACCUCGACCAAACUAUCCAAAUGUACCCACACCACCCUUUCAAAUUUCUCAACCCAAUCUGCGAACUCGACUUCGUCCUCCUUCUAAUUCCAGACUUGCUCCACCAAGCAGACAGACCUACAACCAUUCUCAAACCAAUAAAAUGCAAAAUUUCGGCCGAUCUCGAACUUUCACCGACUUAGGCAGGCCCAUUGACCAACUGUACGAACAGCUCAAAGUCGCUGGUAAAAUUGAUGACAUACCUCCUCCAAACUACCCUCGGCGAGGCUUCUCUGCUGGUUACGACCCUUUAGCUGCAUGUGCCUAUCAUUCUGGAGCGCCCGGUCACUCGACUGGUAAUUGUUGGAUUUUGAAGCAUAAGAUACAGGACAUGAUUGAAACAGGAGACAUAGUGAUAAGGAAAAGGAAAGAACCAGGAUCGAACAUAAGUACAAAUCCCUUUCCCAACCACAAGGACACUUAUGAGGCAUUCACCCCCGACGAGAAAGGUUGA